UUCAUUUUUAGUUGAAAUGACUAUUCAUGAAAGGAUCAUUAUGUGGAGUCUAUCGGGCGAUUCCAGAAAAUGGAACCACAAGUUAUUUGAUUCCAUUAAAUCAAAGUCAAAAUUCCUGCACUUUAAUUGCAAGAAUUUAAAUGUUAGACUUUUAGCUGUAGUCUGAAAUCUAGACUUUUAGAAGCUGAGUCUAGCUAUACUUUGUAUAAAAUAAAAAAUGACCGAUGUUUUAUUGUAAAAUCAUUUUUCUUUGUAGCCUAAUCGACAAUAUUAGAUGAUUGAUUAGCAGGGUAGAAUCUUUUUCUCCACCUUCAAGCUCUGCCUCAGAAUAGAUUCAAUAACAAUAAUUUUGAAUAAUGAAAUAAAUUUUAAACUUUUCCCUCAUUGUGCAUGCAUAAUGAAACAGAAUAUGAUCUCGCCCUAUGAUAUAAUUUGUGUUAUUAAUAUUUCAUUCCAAAGACAAGCAGAACAAUUACUCCAAUGACCAGUUUCACUUUAAUUUCAACAAGAUGUAAUUGGAUUGUUUCAUCUCUGUUUUGGUCAAGCUUUGGAUAAACGGAUUCAGCUGUUAACCAAAUGGCUUACCGUGGACAGGAUAGGAAUAAUUUCGGAAUCUCUGAGAAUCGCUCUUUUUUGCUCAAUGGUUACAUUAUUGGCGAACAAAGAAUCAAAAAAUUGUAUUUGAAAUGGAUCCUGGGAACAACUAUAGUCCUGCUUAUGCCGAUUGGACAAUUUUAUCGCUGCUUCCUUACUUUCUACUAUCCUGAAUAUGGCUCGAUCUCAAGAAAUGUCAACUAUAUCUCCAUGCUGUUAAAUUUAACCAUAACAUUGACACAAGCUAUCAUCAUUUUUAGAUUGAAUUGGGAUUAUUUCUGGUCUUAUAUUGAUUCACUGGAGCUGUUAAACAUACCAAGUUAUGAUAAACUGAGAAAGCAAAUUCAACGGAAAAGGAUCGUCAAAAUAUUUAUGUUUGCGUCAAUUUUAUUAAUUUAUAAGGCUCCUGAAUUUAUAUACACACCGUGGCAUUAUAAUCGAUUUACAAUAAUAUUUCAUUUAGCGCGUUAUGUUGGUCAUUUUUUCAUUUUCAUCAUUUUAAUUGACAUCUGUAUUUGUUUACAAGCAGCAUUUGAAUCUGUUAACAAGCAAAUUGUUUCAUGUUGCUACAAUAACAAGCAAAGACUUCUAUUAAAGCAUUUGCUGUAUUACCGUCAAUGCUGGUUUCAUGCUUUGGAAGCAACUCAAUCUGCCGAGAAAUUUUUACGCCAUUAUGUUACCUUUUUUUACGUUCGCUUUGCAGUUCACACUGUUUUGAAUCAAAUUCACCUCUUUCACCACCUUAAAUCAUCACAGUUUUCUGAUGUCUUUUACUUCUUAAUCGUCACAUUCACCAAUGCCAUACUAGUUUGGUACAUAACUGCAAAUAUGAUUGCUGUUAAUACUUUCUCGCAAAAUUCCCUGGAAGAGUUGUAUGAGCUGACAUUUAAGACAGAUUCAAUCAUUUUGGAGCAACAGAUUUACAUGUUUCUUGAUCAGAUAUCAAAAACCGAUGCUGGAUUUACUUUUGGUAAUCUUUUCCUAAUAGCUCCCAAUUUCAUAACAUCCUUCUUUACACUAACAUUGACUAUUACCAUUGCCUUUUUAAGCUACCUUUAAUAAUAUUCAAUGUAAACAUUUGUCACUCACAAAAAUGAAACCUCAAAUAUUGAAUAAGAUGUAAUACCAUUACAUAGCACUGAAUUUGUCUAAAUUGCACCUUAUAAGUUGGCUCAAUCCUUCAUUUACACUUUUCCACUUUACACUAAUAUUUAAAUUCUGUUGUCUUUAGUCCAUCUUAUUUGCAUUUUAAUCCGAGCACAUGAUUAACUAAUUUGAUCAUUCACUAGGCAAAGAGUAGUAAUUAAAAGUUUAAUUUUCAAUCAUUUGGAAAA